UAUCUGCGAGUUUCGGCUGCGAAUUCGCGACAUUAACGUAACUGCGCAACAUUGCACGAAAAGCUCGUCGUGAAUCGUUGUCGCCCUCAGGACAGGCCACCACCUCCCCAUGCUCGCCGCCGCGAUUUAUGCCGGUGAUUGCGCUGUGGCGUUCUGAACUCUCCGUCUUAAAGUCCGAUACCUAGUUCAUAUCAGGUGCUACUCCAAAGAGCGGUUUCCAUAAUAAGAUCGUUCCACGUGCCAAUAUGGGCGGGCUGUUCAGCCGACCCUUCGCCAACAACAAGAACGAAAUUUAUGUCCGUCCAGUGGUGCUUAUAACGGGGUGCUCCCAGGGUGGCAUCGGCUAUGCUCUCGCGGAGUAAGCUCGUAGCGCGGCAAGGGAGCUGGCGCGGAGGGGCGCGCGGGUGUACGCGAGUGCAGUGAAGGAGAGCGAAAUGGAGGGAUUAAAUGACGGCACUGGGAUUCGAACCCUCGAGCUUGACGUCACCUCUGAAGAAUCUAUCCAGGCUGCAGUGGCCCACGUGGUGGCGGCGGAGGGGCGGGUGGACAUACUCGUGAACAACGCUGGCAUCGGCAUGCCGUGCCCCGUGGCGGAUGUGCCGUUGGACCAGUUCCGGCGAGUGCUGGAGGUCAAUCUCUUGGGUGCUGUGGCCAUGGCGCGCGCCGUCUUCCCCAUCAUGGCACAGCAAGAGACUCGCUCUCGCAUUUUGAAUAUGGCCAGUGUGGCGGCAUACGUCACCAGGCCCUGGAGCUGUGCCUAUUCCGCCAGCAAGGCGGCUCUCGCUGCGGCGACCAGCAGCAUGCGCAUGGAGAUGCGGCCAUUCGGCAUCGACGUCGUUCUCGUCACACCGGGCUACAUCAAGUCACACAUCUUCAGGAAUGCUCUUGCCAGCGCUCCCAGGCUUGCAGGCUCCAGCCUCUACAAGCCGUUCGAGGCCUUCUACAGAGAGCAGUUUGCCGCCAGUGCGAAUAAUCCUUGGGCAACUCCCACUGCAGAUUUCGCUGCCCGGCUUGCUGACGUGGCGCUAUGUAAAGGCAGUCCUCCGUGGCGGCUCUUGUAUGGCCAUCAGGCACUAGUGGCUGUUGUAAUGUCCUACCUUCCUGUAUUUUUUAUGGAUUGGUUGUUGUGGGUUGCCUUUUCUAAGCCGAAGUAGCAAGUGCCCCCUGUUGGCUUUAUGCGCAACUGCCAGGUUCUUUCCUCCCUUGUAAUGGCAUCUUCUUGCUUCUUCCUCUCAAAGCUGGAUUCAUCUGUUCUCUAAUGGAUUUCAAAUUUGAGUUGGGGCCUUGUCACAUCUUUUGUUCUACCGU